AUGGAAUAUAGCGACAUUUAUAGAAAUUUAGAUUGUUUUAAUAGUUUCCAAAGCAGUCUGAUUAGAAUUGUCAAAACUUAUUAUUUUGGUUUGGUCUGCAAAUUAACUGGUCAAGGUAAUUUAUUACCAAUUUGGUUUAAUUUUGUUAAAAUUUUGAUCAACCAUGGCAAAGUAGCCAUUGUUUAUUAUGGUGGUCAUCUCCAAUUAGCUCAAGUGGUUGAUGGUUAUCAAACCCAAACUGAUCAAGACAAAAGUAAAAAAAGGAUAACCAUUGAAUUUGAAAAAGACCCCGGUAAAGAGGGUUGGAAGAACCCCCUAAACUCGUAUGAACACGGAUUUAUCGGCGAAGUAGAAAGUAGAUUUUUUUUCAAAGUAGGAAUGCGUCAUAAUCCUUUUGCCAAAGAAGAAAGGCAAAAUAAUCCGGAAAUUCCCGCUUUACUAAUUGAAAAUCAAACUACUCAAUUAUUGGCUCAUGUCAACAAUUAUCAAAAUAAUAAUAACUAUCCUAUUAUAAAUAACGACAAAAACCACGAACAAGAGAAAGUUUGGCAUCCUAAUCAAUUAAGAAUACUAACUAAUUUUGACCUAAAUAUCGCAACCCUUUUGAAACGAAAAAUUACCGAAGGAGUGUUUUUGGAAGUUGAAAGCAAUGUAGAAGUUUUAAAAUAUACCCUAAUUGAUGAAGUAAUGGGAGAAUUAUAUCCAGAAGAUAUUCGCGAAAAAAUUACUAAACUAGAUUUAACCCAAAAAGGAUUACGAGGAAGUUUAGAUUUAAGAGGUUUUGGCAAUUUGGAAGAAUUAACCAUAAAUAUGGAUUACUUGGAAAAUUUAGAGCAUUUAACUGAAUUAGAUAUUUCUUAUAACCCACAUAUUAAACUAGGUUUAGAAAGUUUAAAGAAUUUGGAGAAAUUAGAAUUGAUUGUUCAUCCAGAAGUAAUUUCAGAAGAUAAUGGUAAGAUUAUCCAAAAAAUUAAUGAAUGUCUAAAUGAAUCUCAUGGUUAUUUAAAAUUUUUGAAUGAAAAAGGUUAUACUGACCGAGAUUUAGAAAACAAAAUUAAACUUUUGGAAACUAAAAGCAGAGAAAUGAUUAUUUCUGACUCUUCAUGGCUAGAAGGAAAAAUGAGAAGGGGGAAAUUCUACUUUCUUGCACAAAUUGCUGAAAUCCUUGAACUCCAAAGAAAUAUUGAAGAGAUAUCAAAAGUUAAAUUUGAGGAGUAUGAAAACAGAAUAAAAGAAUUAGAAGAGAGAAAAAAGAAACAAGAGGAAGAGGAAAAAAAACUAUUAACUGAAAUUAACCAAUGGGAAAUUAAUUUUCAACAUCUCCAACAAGUAAAAGAUAAUGAAAUUGAAAAUAAAAAUGCUCGGAUUGAUGAACAAAAUAAGAAAAUUAAAAAAGCAGUUGAUUUAUUAGAAAAACAAAAAGCCGAUAUAGAGAAAAAACAAAAGGAUAUUCAAAAAUUAGAAGAGAAAAUAAAAAAUAUUCACCCCCAAGAUGCUCAUGUUAUGAGUUUUUUAGCCCAUUUACAAGAGGAUUUAAAAUCGGAGUUAGCCAAUAAAAAAGAGAUUGAAAAGCAGGUUAAAGAUUUGGAAAAACAGCAAGCAGAGGAUAAGUUGGCAAGGGAUAAAGAAAUUGAGGAAUUAAAAGAAAGGGUAAAAGUUUUAGAAAAAACAGAGUUGAAUGAAAAAGAAGUUAGAUUAAUUGAACUUCUUUUCGAGAUUAGUGAAAGAAAAACACCUAUUGCUUAUGAAAGAGAUGAAUUCAUAAAAAAUGAAAAAGUUAAAGAGUUAAUAAAAAUUUUAUCCUCAACUUCAACUACUAAGAAAAUAGGCAGAUAUAUUAUUCGCGAAAUCUGUAAUAAUUUUUACAUGCUUAAUUGUUAUUACCUUCAAAAAAUCACCGUUUUAACCAAAACCAUUAAAGAACUAACCGAAGUAAAAAUGAAACGAGAAAAAAGCGAAGAAAGAUUAAAAAAACAGAGUGAGGAAUUUUUACAAGUUCAACAAAUGAACCAAGUAGUUUAUGAAAUUUUGGGAGAAUAUUCCCAAAAAACUGGAUUAUUAUUAAGAAGUCAGGAAGUAAUUAGGAAACUUAAGGAGGAAAAAGAGAAAAAUGAUAUUCCGCCAAUGGAGUGGGGGUUGAGAAGAUAUAAAAAUUUAACCACUCUUUACUGUCAAAAUAACCAACUAACUAGUUUACCAACUCUUCCAAGUAGUUUAACCACUCUUUACUGUCAAAAUAACCAACUAACUAGUUUACCAACUCUUCCAAGUAGUUUAACCGUUCUUCACUGUUAUAAUAACCCUAAUCUUAAAAAUGUUGUUAUUGACAUUCAAAAAUUAUCCAAGUUAAGUUCAAAUGGUUUAGCAAUUGACAUUUUAGGCAAAAAUAAUAAAGUUAUAAAUUAUACUUUUACUUGUAAUAAUUGUGGCGGGGAAAAACCAAUUACUGAAUUAGCUAAGACGGUAGAAGUUUUUAUGGAUGAACCGAUUAAAACUUGCCGAGAAUGUUAUGAUUUUUAUCAUAAUCCUCCUAAGGAAAAGAAAAAAAAAGAGAAUUUCCUUUGUGCUUUUUGUAAAUUUGAAGUAAUUAGUGUUAAAUAUCGGAAAAGAGUAGGAGUUUCCGAACCAAAUGAAUUAGGUUUAAAAAAUGGCGAAACUUAUAAUUUUUGUUCCACUUGUAAUAAAAAAGUUAAAGAAUAUGUGGAGGAUAAAAAAGGAGACCCUGAAAUUUGA